AUGCGGUUCCAACUGACCGUGGCGCUCGUACAAGCAGCGCUCUCCGCCUGCCUCGUUCAAGCUCAAAACUCUUCAUUCAGUGAUACACACAUCUCUCAAAUUCCCGAAGCAGAAGUUGUAGCCCUAGCUCAAAUUGUAGAAGAUGACCCAGAGGAUGUCUUCACUCUUCUCAAAGAUUGGGAAAGCCCCGAGUAUGCCUUGAUUUACAAGGUGCCUCUGCCAAUCCCUCCUGUCAAGGAACCUACCAAAAAGAUCAUCAACCCAGUCACUAACAAGGAGAUCUGGUACUACGAGCUUGAGAUCAAGCCUUUCAGUCAGGCGGUUUAUCCCAACUUGCGCCCUGCAACUCUGGUGGGCUACGACGGCAUCUCUCCGGGACCGACACUGAUUAUUCCUCGCGGAACGGAGUCUGUCGUCAGAUUCAUCAACAACGCUGCUGCCGAGAACUCGGUUCAUCUGCACGGAUCUUACUCUCGUGCCCCUUUCGAUGGCUGGGCGGAAGAUAUCACCAACCCAGGAGAGUACAAAGAUUACUACUAUCCCAACCAACAGUCGGCGAGACUGUUGUGGUACCAUGAUCAUGCAAUGCAUCUUACCGCUGAAAAUGCCUAUAUGGGACAAGCCGGAGCCUAUCUGAUCACGGAUGAGGCGGAGAACGCUCUUAACCUGCCUUCUGGAUACGGCGUCUACGACAUCCCUCUUACUGACAGUCUCUGGGGCGAUCUGAUUCACGUCAACGGCCAGCCCUGGCCGUUUCUUAAUGUCGAGCCGCGAAAAUACCGAUUCCGUUUCUUGAACGCAGCGAUUUCCCGCGCUUUUGCGCUAUACCUUGUUAACUCCAAUGCUGUGAACGGAAAGCUGCCAUUCCAAGUUAUCAGCUCCGACAAUGGACUCUUGGGGAAGCCGGUGCAAGUCGCAGACCUUUAUGUCUCACCAGCUGAGCGGUAUGAAAUUGUCAUCGACUUCGCUCAAUACGCUGGCCAGAGACUCGAAAUCAGGAGUUUCCCCAAGGCUGGCGGCAUCGGCGUCGAGGACGACUACUUGCAUACCGACAAGGUAAUGCAGUUUGUCGUUGGUACGACCUUAUCCAGACCCGACACAUCCACCGUUCCAGAGGUCCUUCGCACUGUUCCCUUCCCAACAUCAACUGACAACGUUAUCGAUCACCAUUUCCGAUUCCAUCGUACCAACGGCGAAUGGCGCAUCAAUGGGGUAGGCUUCGCCGAUGUGGAAAAUCGUGUUCUCGCCAACGUCCCCAGAGGCAAGGUCGAGAUUUGGGAGCUUGAGAACAGUUCAGAUGGUUGGUCUCACCCCAUUCACGUCCACCUUGUCGACUUCAAGGUCAUCGCUAGAGACGGUGACCGCGGUGUGAUGCCCUACGAAGCAGAGGGCUUGAAAGAUGUUGUCUGGUUGGGCAGAGGCGAGUCUGUCCUUGUUGAGGCCCACUACGCCCCCUGGGACGGCGUUUACAUGUUCCACUGCCAUAAUCUGAUCCACGAGGACAGCGAUAUGAUGGCCGCCUUCAACGUCACUGUUCUUCCAGAAUUUGGAUACAACGAGACCAAGUUCAUUGAUCCCAUGGAAGCGCGCUGGAGAGCAAAGCCGUACCUCAUGGCUGAUCUUCGUACUCGAGCUGGGUCCUUCUCAGACUCGGCCAUUGAGGAGGCAGUGCAGGCUAUGGCCGCUACUGACCCGUACAGCAAGGUUGACGACGUUUACAAGAACCUCGAUCAAUACUGGGCAUCGCAUGUGAGUAAGUAA